UUUUGGCGACCCCUGUCGACUGCAUCCUGACACACCGGCGGCGUCAUCAUGGAGGAGAAGCGGACGUCUGGUGCCGAGUGACGGGAGGGAAACACGAAGCUGCACGUCGCCUGCCUUUUACUUCCUUUGAAAGAUUAGAAAACGGUACUCCCCUAGUUUUAGCUCCAGUGAAGAAGACACCAGGCACCAUGAAGCACUUCCUGAGAGUGUUGACCCAGUUCUUCGUGUUCCUCUACUGCAAAUGUCUGUGGCGAGGCCUCAAGUUUGUGGCACGCAAAUUCACGGGACGCUGCGAGCUACAACGGAUCUGCUACAACAACAAACACGGUGCCCGCAGGACGCUCAAGAUCGAGUCGUCUCUGAAGUAUUCCAAAAAUGAGCUACUGCAGUCCGCCCUUAGCGCCCAUCCUGACAAAGUAGAAAAAAUAAUCGAUGACAUCAUGGCUCUGAAGAAGAUCAACCCCGAUACCAACCCUCAGUUGGGCAUCUCCUUGCAGGCCACCCUGCUCCAAAUUGUAGGUUACAGGAAUUUGGUGGCCGAGGUGGAGAAGCUCCGGCGGGAGCCUUAUGACUGUGAGAAUGAUCAACACGAGGAAAUGCUAAUGAAGUUGUGGAAGGAGCUGCGUCCCGACACUCCCUUGACCGGACGGAUUUCCAAGCAGUGGUGUGAAAUCGGAUUCCAAGGCAGCGAUCCCAAGACGGACUUCCGUGGGAUGGGCCUUCUGGGUCUCCACAAUCUGCUAUACUUUGCAGAACAUGACAAGACUGCAGCUUUGCAGAUGCUCCACGACUCUCUUCUACCCAAGCACAAGAAUGCGCAAGGGAGUAGCAGUGAGGCCAACAUGUUAGAAUUUGAGCCCAAGAACGUUGACAAAGCCAUUGGCUAUUCCUUCGCCAUCGUGGGUAUCAACAUCACGGACCUGGCCUACUCGCUGCUGGUGAGCGGCGCCCUGAAGACGCACCUGUACAACGUGGCCCCUGAAAUGGCUACGCUGCUGCACCUCCAGCAGACCUUCUGCUACCUGAUGCAAGAGUUCCACCGCUUCUGGAUAGAGGAGGACCCCAGCGACAUCAUGGAGUUCAACCGCGUGCGUGCCAAGUUCCACCGGCGAGUCCUGCGGCAGUUGCGGGACCCCGACAUGGCGCUGUGCCCCCGCUUCGCCGCCUCCGACCUCCACCUGGUCAAUCUGUAGGCACAACUCCCUCCCUGCCAUUCCAUCACUCCCACCAUCACCAUCUGACGUCCUGGUAGGCCUGGCCGGUCGGUAAAAAUCCUCGAGCUAAUGUCACGUGGCCUACGCAUGCAGUAGCAGUCAAAAAGUUUGGAAACAUCCUCCAUUCUCAGCUGUGCAUAUCCAAGUUAAUAUCUUGAAAUUCUUUUAAUGUGAAUUUUUAGGGGUUUUUCACAAUUUUGACUCGCAGCCUAUAAAUACACACACCACCGGCGUAGCGUCAGACAUCACCAUAGCAAUUUUUGCACCAUCUUCGUGCCACUUUUUAUUUUCAUGAUUGUAUGGCACUCGAAUCACUAGAUCAAAAUCCAUUCAGACCUGAUUUAGGCAUUGUUGUUCUUUACAAAUCGGAAGCGAUCAAAAAAAAUAGUGAAAAUGUACUGUAUAUAGAUAAUAUGUGUGACACUGCAAGCUGUCAAAUUUCUGUAUGCGUUCCAUCACCUCCUUGCCAAUAUUUUGAAUGUGCAUAUUUGACGUGGUGUCUUUAUAGCAAUAGAAUGCUUCUCAUUUGCCUUUAUUCACAAAAAAAAAAGAUCACUUUCUAUCAUGAAUGUUUCUCACAUCAACGAUUGUUUCAGUUCAAAUCCAUGGAAUGUGACACUUUUAAUGUCCACCAUCAGCCAAAGCAAUAAUUCCGCCUCAUUUGGUGUAGACGAGUUGCAAUGUGCUUGUUUUGACGGUUUUUAUUAGUAGUGCUCCGUUUACAGCUUAGUUACAUCACCGAACGAUGAAGUGAUAACAAAAGAUUGCAGAAAAAACAAUGAACAUACUCUAACCGCAGGGCUGUGAGCCACACGCUGCUUCACCAAAACACGAUAUUCUCCAUUCGCUUUGUUUACUACCCUUGCCUUUUGACCUUUUCCCGCCUGUACUCUUAAGUGGUGGCGUUUCACUGCUUUCUUGAUGAUCUUCGACAUGUUCUGAGUAGAUAUCGUGACGCUGUACUUUAGUUGUCUGUGCUGUGCAACACAAAUCAAUAAAAAAAAACAAUGUAAAAGA